AUGCCUCCCAAGCGUGUGAGCAAGCCAGAUGCAGAUCGCACGUCGAAGAAAGCGCGCAACGCCGCUAGCCAGAUCUCGAAACUGAAGAAAACAAUUAAGGUACUGUCGAAGACGGUCAAUUACAGUUUAUGCAUACCGACGACAAUACUGGCCAACUGCCGAAAUUUGGAGCAGAUAACGUCUGCUGUUUACCAGGUUGCCAAGGCGGCGACGAUAUUCAACGUUGGCGAGAUAGUGAUACUAGAUCUUGGUCAGAAGGGCAACAGAGAAACUAAACACCAGAACUCGCUCUCCGAUGCGAUGCUGAUUGCCUCUCUUCUACAGUACUUCGUCACCCCUCCGUACCUGGUGAACACGGUGUUCAAGAAACAAUACAGAAGAUACUUCAAAGAAGCCAGUAAACUGCCCCGACUCUCGUCGCUGCCCUUCAUGCGACACCUCGGGCAGGACAGGGGCCGCUACCGGGAGGGUCUUGCCAUCAGAAUGAGCAAGCCGGGCUCCGGCAGCACGGCCAAGAAGGGCAAGGAGUUCAAGCAGACCAAGUACAUCAGCAUCGGCAAAGCAGAGCCGCUGGAGCUCAAGGCGCAGCUUGUCCCGGUCAACGUGCGUGUCACCGUCGACACCGUCGAGCACCGCGUGGUGUCGCCGCAGGAGGCCUACGGCGACUUUGUAGGUGCUCAGGCCUCGUACGGCUACCACGUGCGCGUUGCCAAGAGCUUCGGCUCCGUCUUCACCGAGUGCGCGCUGCCCAACGGCUACUCCCAGGCCAUCUGGGCCAACAGCGGCGACUACUACUACAGCGACCAGCUGACCAAGCACCGCAAGGUCGAAACCAAGCUUCCGUAUGUCGCGCGCAUCGUGAGACCCGACGACGAUCGCGCCUCCGCGCCCCCCGCCAACGUGCUCCUCGUUUGCGGCAGAUGGGACCACAUCAACGCUAGUUUCCAGCAAUCAAAGCACCAAUUCGACGGCUGUGACGGCGCCCACCAGUUCUUCGACGGCCAAUUGCGGCUGCCGGGCUCCGCCCCCCAGGGUCUCGUCCCCAUCCAGGACUGCUGCAUGAUCUCCCUGGCCCUCGUCGCCACCCUCUAG